UCGGGUCAGACACCAUACCAGCCCGAGUUCUACCCGGAACCUUGAAGUCCGAAUUUUUUCCGGACAAACCACGAAUCCAACCAAUUGCACAAUUUUCCAAUUCCUUUCUGAGAGACUCUUCCUCCACCAUCAUUAGGUCGCCGGCGCAAUAUUCAGGCAGCGCCGCCCAUAAUCGGAGCAGCUAACUGCUAACAAUCAGCACGACUUUCGACUCUCACUUCUUCACCUUCUCUGUAUUUUAAACUAUUUUCGAGUUACAAUGGCAGGCCGAAAUCCAGGUCCACCAUUGCCGAUGAAGAACUUACCACGUGGCAGAGUUCCAUUUAUGCCUCAUGAAGUUCCAUUUGGUCGAAACCUGGGUCCAAUGCCUCACCCUGCACUUAUUGAGGAAAUGAGGGAGAGAGAGCGGGAAUCUCAGUUUGGAAUGGCCCCUAGACCACGUCCCCCUCAUCCUGCAAUCCUUGAGGAUCGUCUAGCAAUUCAGCUUCAAGAAAUUCAAGCCUUACUAGUUGAUAACCAGAAGGCAGCUGCUACACAUGUUGCUUUGAAGCAGGAGUUGGAAGCUCAGCGUUUUGAGUUGCAACGUAUGACUCAUUAUGCUGAUACAUUUCACAUGGAGAAGGAUAAAGAGAUGAGGGAAUUGCUCGAGAGGUCUGCUAAAUUGGAGACGGAUCUUCAAGCAGCGGACGCAAUGAAGGGCGAACUAAUGCGGGUUCAAGCAGAUAUUAAGGAGCUUUCUGCUGCUAGGCACGAUCUGAUGGCUCGAAUCCAAGCAAUGAACCAGGAUUUGGCUAGAGCAUCUUCUGAUUUACAGCAAGUUCCCGCGUUAAAAGCUGAAAUUGAGCUCAUGAGACAGGAAGUUGACAACGCUAAGGCUGCUAUUGAGUAUGAGAAGAAAGUUUAUGCUGAUAGUUAUGAGCAAGGGCAACAGAUGCAGAGCAAUUUGGUCUCAAUGGCCAGAGAACUAGAGAAGCUUCGCGCGGAAGUUGCUAAUGCAGAGAAGAGAGCUCGUGCUGCCGCUGCGGUUGGCAAUCCUGCUGCGGCUGGUUAUAAUACUAAUUAUGGCACACCUGAAACUGGAUAUGCUGGAAAUCCGUACCCUACUGGCUAUGGUGUAAACCCGAUGCAGGCUGGUAUGGAGAAUUAUCCUCAGUAUGGGCCUGGACAUGGCAAUUGGAGUGCAUAUAACAUGCAACAUGGUCAGGGUCAUAGAUGAAGUUGCAUCUUGAUCAAUGAAGAUCUUGGGGUUUUAUGCAUUAGUGUAGUGAACUGUAGACUCUUCAUUUACCUAGCUAAAUAGCCGAUCGAGGUCGUAUUCCUUGAUACUUAGACAUGGUUUGGAUACUUGCACAAUUCAUUUCAGACCAAAAUCUUAUAUUCGGACUCUUGGAAAUUUACCGAUCGUUCGCUUGUUAAAUAGAUUUCAACAAUCUAUAGUCUAUUUUGUUCUAUUACUGUGUUGUCUAGUGGUUGCUAUCAACAAUCUUAUAUCAUUUGGGUUAUGUAGAUAAAAGAAUUCCAAAGCUCCCAGUUAUAUA